AUGUCUUAUACCCGAGGAUCAGCAAAUAAAAUUUAUGAAAAAAUUCGACAAUUUUUUACAGUGAACCCAGAUACAAAUACAGGUAUCCCUCUUACAGGUAUAUACCGUACUCCAUCUCCAGGAUCACAACCAAAAAUAUAUAAGAAACCAAUAACUAAACAUUCAGACUUGGCCGAUAAUUAUUAUUUUAGUCGUGACAGUCGACGUAAUUAUCCACGUUUAGCUGUAUAUACUCAAAAAGAUGUUGCUGGAUUAAUUGCUGCCUCAAACUUGAAAAGUAUAACAACAGGUGAAGAAGGAGAGACUAAAGUAACUAUUCCAGAAAAUAUGACAAUAACUGAAGCGAUUGCAUCUACACAAAUAUUAUUUGACUCAAACAAGUUACCCCCAGUUCCGACCAAUCGUCAUACUUAUAAUUGGAAAAAAUCAACUGAUGCAAAAGAACCUGAUCCAGGUUAA